UACUUUUCACCAGUCUGGCUUUAACACUAGCCGGUGAUAAGCUGAAAUUUAGGUCAGCAAAUGCUCUUUUGUAAGCAGGUCAUUGUUGAACAACCUUUACACAUCACGCAACCGAGCCAGGGCGAAACGGCUAUGUUUAAAAAGGAGUUCCGUUAUGGAAGGCCCUUCACAGCGACCGAUGAAAUGAAGAGAAGUUUUGAUGAGGCGGGAUUCGUCAUUAUUCGAGGUUUGCUUGACAAGGAUGAAGUCGGUAAACUGACCAAGUCGGUGGAGACGAACGAGGCGUUCUCGCAGCAUGCUUUCAAUCUGGACGAUGGCGCAGGACGGAAAAGCAGAAUGGUGGCAUGGGAUCAUCCCGGAAGUGACGUCACUGGCAUACUAGCCAGGAGCGCAAGGGUCAUCAAAACAUGUGAAAAGCUCUUAGGGGAUGAGGUGUACCACUAUCAUGGCAAGCUGAUGAUGAAGAACCCUCAGUCUGGAGGCAAAUUUGUCUGGCAUCAGGACUACGGGUACUGGUACCAGAACGGAAACCUCUUCCCUGACAUGAUGAGUGUGUUUGUGGCCAUCGAUCAGUGCACAAUCGAAAACGGAUGUCUUCAGGUACUGAAGGGCUCCCAUAAGUGUGGACGGAUUGACCACUGCGUUGUUGGCGGCCAGACUGGGGCUGAUUUAGAAAGAGUCAGUCAACUGAAAACUGUGUGCCCCCUUGAGUAUGUGGAAAUGGAACCGGGGGACGCCCUGUUCUUCCACGCCAACCUCCUGCAUAGCAGCACUGCAAACAAUAGUGACAGAAGACGCUGGGCUUACGUCAUGGCCAUCAACACCAAACACAACAACCCUGUGAAGAAACACCACCAUCCUCAGUACACAAAACUGGACAUUGUCGACGAUUCUGCUCUGAAGGCUUGUGAAAACUACUACGACAUGACUGGGAAAGACUUCAUGAAUCCUGCGACUUCAAAAACGAUCAAAGCGGAAACUUAAGAUACCAAUACAGUCAACCUCUGUUAUCUCUUCAGGGACAUAUUGACACAAAACGGUCGUGUGGCUGGUGGUGUUUAAGGUGUAAGGUGUAAGGUGUGGAUAUAAGUGUUGAUACUGCUGUUGCUAGUACUUCUCCUCGCGCUUUGAAAAUAAAAUCAACAAAUUACUGC